UAGAAGGCGUGUUAUCAUUCUAUUAUUUUAAAUAUCUACCUCUACAAAAUAUCUGCAAUGGUCUAUUAAAUGAUCCAUGUCUGACUAUUCCUACCAGUUUAAUGAAAAUAAAUAAAUAUGAAAUUGCCUUAUGGAUAUUGUGACUUACGCGUUGAACGAGUUAAUGGUGAUAUUAUCAAUACUUUUAUUGAAUAUGGCUACGCUUUGAUUGCUGUAAAUACUACAGUUAACUGUUCAUUACUUGGUGUUGGAAAUUCUAAUAGAAAAAAAAGAAAAAUUGUAGAAUGUAAUGGUGAAAACAAAGAAGAAAAUGACUGGGUACCAAUUCCCAAGUUAAUAAAUUGUGAUGAUUUCAAAUUGAACAUAGUUAAUCGAUUGACUGUACAAGUAUCAAAUAUUGGACAACUGCAAAGAAUUUUCAAUUCUCAAAAUUUUAAAUCGUAUAAUAUUCUUGCCGUAGAACCAUUAAAUGAUCAAGUUUUUCAGGACAUAGUGACUUCUGCAUCUGUUGAUAUAAUUGACAUAUUCAUUUGUAAUAUAAAAACAUCUAUGACUCCAAAGCAAUAUUUAAUUGCAAUAGAAAAAAACAUUUAUUUUGAAGUAACUUACUCACCUAUGUUAGUUAAUUAUAUUGCUCGCCAAGAUACUUUAAGUUUGGCUCAUCUUUUUCACAUGAAAGGAAACUCAAAAAAUGUAAUUGUUUCGAGUGGGGCAGUUAAUAAAUUAGACAUACUUAAUCCUCAUGAUGUAAUGAAUUUAGGUGUUUUACUAGGUCUUUCAAGGAAACAGUCAAAAGAAUCGAUCACUCAAGCAUGUUAUUCGAUUUUAUUACAAAGCUAUGAAAAAAAUAUAAAGUCUGUGCAUUAACAUGAAACCAAGAAAAAUCACUUCAUAAUAUUGUAAAUAAUUUAUAAAAUCAGACUUAUUUAUACUUUGUUUUUAAAAUAUGUAUCUAAUUAUAAAUAUAGAUUUUACAUAUUUAAUAGUUUUUUUUUUAUGAACAAAAAUUGUAUUUUUAAAAUUAUUGUAGACUAAUGACGAUGAAGAACAAACUUCUAGGACGAAGAAAGAUAUUUGUGUUUAUUUACAAUUUUAUAUUAGAGGGAUUGUUAAACAAUAUGCUUAAUAAAGGUACCAAUAUAAUAUAUUAUGUUAUAAUGUAGAUAAUUAAAUAUUAAAUAGACCUGAAGUUUGUACAAAUAAACAUAGAUUAAAAACAAA